AUGAGUUCCUCAUCCUCGGGCCCUCAGGCCCAUGGCAACACCGUGAACUAUACCUACAUCUAUGAAUACUCGAGAGGAUUAAGCGGUGUGGAUGUUACUCGCGAUGAACUCGUUACACGAAUUAUCUGCGGCACUUUAGGCCUUGUUGCAGUAACGGUGUUCUUGUGUCGAAUGGCUGAAUUCGGCAAUGCAUACAUUCGCCAAAUAAGCUGCCUCUCGGGCACGGCACGGCAGCAACGCUUUUGGAGUAUGGAAACAUCUAGACUGUGGUCACUUAUCAGGAAACAUGUGGUUUAUUCUCCUUUGUUUAGGAAGCGACAUCACCGGGAAUUUCAGCUGUCGUCUGCCCUUAACAUGGGUGUUUUACCAUCUCGGUUCCAUACAGUUCUUCUUGCAAUCUACAUUCUCAGUCAACUUGCUUAUUGCGCCUUACUCGAUUACGCCGCUAAUGAGAAAUCAGCACUGGUUGCAGAGCUCCGGGGGCGUUCAGGAACUUUGGCAGUGCUGAAUAUGAUACCCCUGUUUUUGUUCGCGGGACGCAACAACAUCCUUAUCUGGCUUCUUGGAGUCAGCUUCGACACAUAUAAUCUGUUCCACCGAUGGCUUGGUCGGAUUGUCGUGCUUGAAGCCAUUGUACAUACAACGGCAUGGUUCGUGAAUGCUUGCGACGAACGGGGCUUUUCCGACGCCAUCAGUCGAAUACGAGACACGCCCUUUUUUGGUUGGGGUGCUGUUGGCGUGGUUGCCUUGGCUUUUCUCAUAACUCACUCUCCAUCUCCUAUACGACACGCAUUUUAUGAAACAUUCCUGCAUUUGCAUCAAUUUGCGGCUCUGCUAGCAGUGAUUGGCAUCUACCUUCAUUUGAAAAUAGAUUCUUUACCUCAACGUUCGUGGAUCUAUCUUGUCAUAGGCUUUUGGUUUUGUGAAAGGAGCAUGAGAUGGCUUCGUCGGUUCUCGCUCAAUUUCAAUUUUCGAGGCGGUGGCAGUAGCACAAUGGUCGUUGUCAAGGCGCUUCCCGGAGAAGCCUGCCGCGUAACAUUUCAUCUUCCACAUCGAGUGCAAGUCAAAGCCGGUAGCCACGUCUAUGCAUUUUUCCCAACCAUAGCCUGGUGGAUGUCACAUCCUUUUUCUGUUGCAUGGGUUGAUCCUAGCACCUGCGUUACGCCGCCCAGUCAUCCUCCAAAUAUGUGGAUGGGCGAAGCAUACGAUUAUUAUGACAAGAAGGAACUGAUUAAUACGAACCUCAGCCCUUCAAGCUUGGAAAAGCAAGAUUUCAUGUUUGACGAAAAGAAUUAUCACCGCAGUUAUGAAGCCGCCAGGAAACAGCGGACAUCAUUAUCCCUCAUCAUCUCAGCAAGAUCCGGCAUGACACGCAAGCUAUACAAUAAAGCCAUGGCAUGUCCCAGCCAGACCCUAAGAACACGCGGUUUUAUCGAAGGUCCAUACAAUUCCGGCACAUGCUCAAUGGGCAGCUACGGCACUGUGGUUUUAUUCUCCGGCGGCGCCGGUAUAACUCAUCACAUGCUCCACGUUCGUGAUCUCCUAAUGCGCGCCGACGAAGGAUGCGUGGCUACACAGUGUAUCUAUUUGAUAUGGUCUAUUCGGUCCGCAGAGGCACUUAACUGGGUUCGCGAAUGGAUGGACUCGAUUCUACGACUCCCAAAUCGCAGGCAGAUUUUGACUAUCAAGCUCUUCAUCUCCAAACCCAAAACACAACAUGAAAUCAAAAGUCCCAGUGAAACCCUGCAAAUGUUUCCCGGCCGCUGCCGACCAAGUGUCGUUCUUGAGGAGGCACUGCUUAGAAGAAUAGGCGCAACAAUUGUCUCCGUGUGUGGCCCUGGAGCAUUUGCAGAUGAAGUGCGAGUCGCGACGAGGGAAAACAUAGGGCGUGGAAUGAGUCUGGAUUUUGUGGAAGAGUCCUUUACUUGGUGA